AUGCAUGUACCAGACGAACGUACUUGUUAUACUCGUCUACAAGAAUGGCCAUUUAGUUCAGAAUCGAAACUUAUGAUUGUCAAAUGCAUCCGGAAUAAUCAGUCAUCGACAUCUGAUGAAGUAGUUUAUUUGCCAAAGGAGCUUUGUGUUAAGUCAUUGGAUACAGAAACUAAGAAACAAAUACUCAAUGAAGCUUCCUCACUUGGCAACUUAGGUUUGCGUGUACUGGCGGUGGCUAAAGGUACGCAUUCAGGUCAAAUGAUUUUUCAUGGAUUAAUCGGUCUAAUUGAUCCACCACGUCCUGGUGUAGAAGCCUGUGUCAGAAUACUUAGCGAAUCUGGUGUACGUGUCAUUAUGAUAACUGGAGAUGCCAAAGAAACUGCUUGCACAAUUGGCUCUCGUUUAUCACUUUAUCGGCCUGGUGAUUUAUGUCUCAGUGGUGAAGAAGUGGAACAAUUAAGUAUUGACAGAUUGAUGUCAAUUGUACGCAAUGUCACUGUGUUUUAUCGGUCUGGACCUAAGCAUAAAUGUAAAAUUGUCAAGGCGCUGCAACAAUGUGAUUUAGUUGUCGCAAUGACUGGCGAUGGUGUAAAUGAUGCUAUCGCAUUAAAAUCAUCUGAUAUUGGCAUUGCAAUGGGUCGUACUGGAACAGAUGUGUGUCGUGAAGCCUCAGAUAUUGUCUUAUUGGAUGACAAUUUUUCAACAAUUCUAGCUGCUAUGGAAGAGGGCAAAGCAUUGUUUCAUAAUAUAAAAAACUUCAUAGGAUUUCAAUUGAGCACUUCUAUAGCUGCAUUAUCGUUAAUUGCACUAUCCACAUUAUUUUCAUUACCAACUCCUCUGAAUGCUAUGCAAAUUCUAUUUAUCAAUAUACUUAUGGAUGGACCUCCUGCCCAAAGUUUGGGCGUAGAACCACCAGAUCCUUAUGUGGUCAGACAACCGCCUAGACGAGCUAAAGAUUCGAUUUUGGAUGGUCGUUUAAUGUUCAAUGUGUUAACAGCUUCUUCCCUCAUUGUUGCUGGUACAUUAUGGAUAUUCUAUAGGGAUUAUCUGAUGGCAAAGUGA